UUCAUUGUUAUACUCAUAAUAUGUUUGUCAACUAGUGUAUAAUGCAUUAAAAAAGCAUGGCGUGUAGCAUGGAACCAGCCCAGUGCAAAGCCCAGGCCACCACGCCCGCGCCACACUUACCCUAUGUAUGUGCACACGACACACUUACCCUGUGUACUACGUAUUUUUUAUUUUUAUUUUUUUAAUAUUAUUAUGCUUCAAAUGAAUGUGUGUGCACCUCAUCUAAUAUGUGAUGCAUUAAAACAGCGGGACAAGUGCUGGGCCAGCCGGAGACAAGAAAUAUCAGACAGAAGUACAAGCUGGAGGGUGAAAGUCCAAUGCCCCCGGCCCCACAUCACACCCACCCACGACUAAUCAAAACUGCACAUGGCAGGGACUAGUAUGCCACAGCCAACCAGGGUCCAGAAGCAGCGAAAAAGGGAAAGAGAGAAAGAGAGAGAGAAAGAGAGAGAGAGAGAGUUUUAAAUAUAAUAAGUAUUUAAUUUAUAUUUAUUAGUCUGUGUUGCUGCCUCUUCCUGACCCUCCCUCCUCCCAAUCAUGUGUGAUUAUUGAUGGUGUAUCAUUGAGGAUGGCUUCAGACAAAGAAGGUCAGUGGAUUCAUGACUGUUUGAAGUUAAAGAGAGAUAACCAAGACGGGUGUAAUUCUGAUGUAUUAUUUUGAGUGGAGGUAGACAAGUUUUCCAUGGAGAUGUACUCUAUUAGUAAAUUUUUCCAAGUUGUAAUGUGUAUGGCGUUCCUCGAUUUCCAGUUCAUGAGGAUAGUUUUCUUGGCGAUAGUUAGAGCCACUAGGAGUAAUUGACUGUUUGUACUGUUUAAAUUGAUUAUGGAUGUGUCACCUAAUAUACAGAGGGGAGAGAGACAGCGGGAUGUGACAACCCAUAAGGUUGGAUAGUGAGUCGAUAACGUUUUCCCAGAAUGUUUUAACCGCAGUGCAUUGCCAAAUAGUGUGUAAAUAUGUAUCUGGGGUGUUUUGUGUGCAAUGUGAGCAUGUUUCUGAAGUAAAACCCAUUUUAAAUAAUUUCUGUCCAGUUAAGUGAAAUCUAUGAAGUACUUUAUACUGUAUAAGUUGUAAGUUGGUGUUUUUUGUCAUGAAGUAGAUAUUUUUGCAGAUUUGUGUCCAGAAAGCGGCAUUGGGAGCAAUAGAUAAGUCUGAUUCCCAUUUAGCAUUGGGUAGGCUUAAUGUGUUGUCUGAUUUGGAUAUUAUUUUAUAUAUUCUGGAGAGUAAUUUUUUUGGGGGUGAGGUUAUAAUUAUUAGUUCUGAAAUUGGAGGUGAAAGGUCUAGAUUAAUUCCCUGAGUGUCAAUUUUUGAUUGAAUGGAUGAUUUGAUUUGUAAAUAUUCCGAAAAACAAUUACUCCCAAUGCCGUAUUUCUGGACCAAGUGGGAAAAUGGUGCCAAGUUAUUAUUAAGAAGGAUGUGUUGAAGUUGUGUGAUGCCCUUAUCUACCCAUGUGCGUAAGUUGAGUGGCUUCUUAUUUACUAUAAAAUCUGGGUUAUUCCAGAUCGGGGUGUAUUUAGAUGAUGCAAGAGGGGUGUUUGUGAUUUGAUGAAAUUUCCACCAGGCUGUCAGAGCUGUAGCUAUUGUUGGUGAUUUAAAACAGUUGUGCUUUUUGAUUGCCUACCUAUAGAAAGGUAAUUCUGAAAUGUUAAUCUCUUUACAAAUUGACUGUUCAACAUCUAGCCAUGUGCUUUCUGAAGGGUUAAGAUGAAUCCAUUUGUAUAUGUUUUGGAGCUGAUUGGCCAAAUAGUAGUGGUAGAAAUGUGGUGCUUCCAGUCCUCCUUGUGUUUUUGGUUUCUGUAGUGUAGUCAAUUUAAUUCUUGGAGUCUUAUUUUUCCAGUAGAAUUUAGUGACGAUUGAAUCUAGUGAUUUAAACCAGGUGAGGGUGGGUAGUGCUGGAGUCAUUGUAAAUAAAUAGUUUAAUUUAUGGAGUAUAGUCAUUUUAAUUACUGAUAUUCUGCCCAUAAUGGAUAGUGGUAAAUUCAUCCAGCGGUGAAGGUCAUCAUUUAUUGUUUUAAGUAAUGGAGUAAAAUUGAGUCCAAACAGCUCUGACAGCCUGGGGGAAACAUUAAUGCCCAAGUAUGUGAUAUAGUUAGUGCACAAAGGAAUAGGUGAUGUCUGGGAUGUCACAUCCAAACUGUUAGAAUGUAAUGAAAGUAUGGCUGAUUUACUCGAGUUGAUGGAGUAUUCAGAGAUAUUUGAGAAUGAAUCAAUGAGUUUAAUCGCUUCUUGUAAUGAUGAUGAGGGGUCUUGUAAAUAUAGUAAUAUAUCAUCAGCGUAAAGACUAAUUUUGUGGUGCAUGUUUAGUGUUUGAAUUCCUUUAAUGUAGCUGUUUUGACGGAUAGCUGCUGCUAAUGGUUCAAUGAAAAUGGUAAAUAAUGAAGGGGAGAGUGGGCAUCCUUGUCUAGUCCCCCGUUGCAGCGUGAAGAUAUGUGAUGUUAGUCCAUUGGUGAUGACAGUGGCUAAAGGUGAUGUAUACAGAAUUUUGUUCCAAUUAAUGAAUGACUCCCCAAAACCAAACCUCUCUAAUGUGGAAAACAGGAAUUUCCAAUUGACCCUGUCAAAAGCUUUUUCUGCAUCGAGAGUAACUAUGAUGGUUUUGGUUUUUUGAGUUGAUGAAUAAUGCAUCAAGUUAAAAAAUCUGCGUGUGUUGUUGGAUGAAAGUCUACCUUUGAUGAAACCGGUUUGAUCUGAGUGGAUUAUAGAUGGUGUGACUUUUUCUAUUCUAUGAGCUAGUGCUUUAGCGAUGAUUUUAAUGUCUACAUUAAUUAGGGAAAUCGGGCGAUAACUUGAUGGUAAUGUUGGGUCUUUAUUUGGUUUAAGAAGGAGUGAAAUUGUGGCGGUGUUCAUAGUAUCAGGGAGUUUUGAUUUUUGCUUUGAUUCAGUAAUAAUACGGAUAAAAAGUGGUGAUAAAAUGGACCAAAAGUGUUUGUAGAACUCAGCAGGGAAUCCAUCGGGGCCUGGUGCUUUGUUGUUUGGCAUGAGUUUGAGGGCAUUAAAAAGUUCAUAUUCUGAUAAGGGAGAUUCAAGAGUAUUUAUUUGAUGUUUACUGAGUUGAGGUAGGUUGAUAUUGUUGAGGAAUGAGUCAAUGUCUUUCUGAUCUGGGUUUUUAUUGGAGGAAUAUAAUUUACUGUAAAAGUUUUGAAAUAUUUGAUUCAUACAUUGAAAAAAUAAACUUAGUUGUGUAAUUUGUGUUUGCUUCUUUAUAAAGGUUUGUGCUUCUGUAGAAUUUACAGGUAGGAGACAUCAAGACAUUUAUGAACAGUUUCAGUGGUAAUGUUACAUCACUGACUGAAAACAUCACUGACUCGACAGCAACCAUAAUAGCAGUUGUAGACAUACUAAACAUCGUUUCAAAUCUCUCACUAACAACUUCAAUCGACCAACCCAUUAUGGAGGAUGUCCUAAACACAACCAAUGCUGUUGGAUCAGAUGAUGCACGGGACUUGUGGCUGCGUAUAAACAACAACAAUGCAUCCAUGAAUGCCAGCUCUGAACUUCUAAAGUCAACUGAAAAUUUCGGAAGCAGGCUCCCUAAUACAAGUUUCAAUAUAAAAAUAGGGUCUGCAUCUCUCAAUAAGACUAACAUUACUACUAGUUCCUUUUUGGAAGAAUUUGGUAUCAAUUUAACAACAAAAAUAAGUAUUCCUGAGAUUACCCCACCAACGUUCAUCACCGUCAUAGUUUCUCCAGCAUUUAACAACAUCUUACCUGUUCGAACUCUGACCUACAAUGACAGCAGUCAGACUGACACCAAGAUCAAUGGAGACGUAGUCAUGAUUAAGGCAAAUUCAAGAAUUAACAACAUCUCUCUCUCUUAUGAUGUCAUAAAUAAAGCAUUGGGAAACCCUCAGUGUGUCUUCUGGAACUUUGAUCUUCUGAAUGGUGUUGGUGGAUGGGACUCGACUGGAUGUCAGUUAAAGCUAUUAGGGAAUGAAACUGAAAGAUACACAUGUGAGUGCAAUCACACCACAUCUUUUUCAAUCCUGAUGUCACCAUUUAACAUGGAUAACUUAGCCUUAAACUAUUUAACAUACAUUGGUGUUGGGAUUUCAAUGGCUAGCUUGGUUUUGUGCCUCAUCAUUGAAAUCAUCAUAUGGAAAUCAGUGACACGAAAUGAAACAUCCUUCAUGCGACAUGUCGCCAUAGUCAACAUUGCUGUCUCCCUCCUGAUUGCGAACAUAUGCUUCAUCAGUGGAGCAGCUGUUGUUAAACAAGAGGGUCCCUGCAGUACAGCGACGUUCUUCAUGCACUUCUUUUAUCUUGCCCUUUUCUUCUGGAUGUUGCUGUCUGCACUUUUGCUCCUCUACCGCACCCUCAUGGUCUUUUCCAGAAUGACCAGUGGAGCAAUGAUGGCCAUAGGCUUCACUGUCGGCUAUGGAGCCCCGUUAAUCAUAGCUGUCAUUACUGUCAUUACAGCUGGAGGCAAAGGAUACAUUCAACAAGGUUACAAUUGUUGGCUGAACUGGGAUAAAACAAAGGCUCUCCUGGCAUUUGUGAUUCCUGCUCUGACGAUUGUAGCUAUAAACCUCCUGGUGCUUAUUGUGGCUCUGUGUAAGAUCUUGAGGAGAGGAGUUAAUGCUUCUGUUCAGCCAGAUGAGAAACCUCCCCUAGUGGUCAUUGCUAGAUGUGUGGCGAUUUUAACACCUCUCUUUGGUCUAACGUGGGGAUUCGGCAUUGGGACUUUGGGGUCAAACAACUUAGGAGUUCAUGGGAUGUUCGCAUUCUUUAAUUCAAUGCAGGGUUUCUUUAUUUUGCUGUUCGGUACUUUACUGGAUAGUAAGGUCCGAGAAGCGUUAGCAGGAAAGUUUUCACUGAGGAACUUAAGCUCAAAUCACACAAGAAGUACAAGUGCAGGGACAUCAUCCUCAAGUGGAAUUAAUUUCAUUCAGAUGUUACGGAGAAGAAAUGUGUACAAUGUCUCAAAUGGAGAAAAGUUGUCUUCAAGCAACACAAAUGCAUCUGCUGAAGGAGCUGCAAUUUUAACAAAUUUAACAAAUCUUUAAUUAGUAUUCAAAUCACAUCUAGCCAAGUUGAAGAUUUUUAUGGCAAAUAAUCAAGUUGAGGAAGUGAAUAAUUGCAGAUAAUGAGCCUUAAUACAAUUCUUGGGAUGGGAUUCAUAGAAUGAAAUCUUUUGCCAGAUUUUUUGCCAAAUAGCCUUAGAAAUCAUACCAAAUACAUUUGAGCUAAAGUUCAUACACACUAUUACUUGUUAUUAUUUCUUUAUUUCUGUUGAGCUUAGACAAAGUAAAUGUAGUUCCCUGAAUGUCAUUUUGAUGAAUUUUACCAUUUGAU